AUGCCACCCAUGCCGCAAUGGCAAGCCAUCUCCGGCUCCGCGGCCGAGGCCGACCUCGCCGCGAGCUCGCCUUUUGACGUCUGCGGGUUGAGGGUACUGCUUCCCGCUCAGAACGGUUCGUUCCGCCGCCUGUGUCCAGGAGACGAUGUAUUUGACUGCGUUGCAUCCCUGGCCAGCCUGGCCCUCGACCUGCUCGAGUGCAAAUCCAGCAUCCUUGCGCUCAAGGCCAUCACACGCGAUGUCGCCAAGGUCAGCCUGGAGGUGCCAGGGCUGCGCAACCUCGAGGAGACAGACAUCGAGCCUACGAUUCUGGAAUAUCUUGGGGCCAUCCGCACCAGCUUUCCGCAUGUUGUCGUGUCCAACCAACAUGGCAUGGAAGGGAAAAACGGCCGCACCCACAAGAAAGACUGCCAGGAUGCAUUCCAGCCUAAGUCAGCUGCAGUCAUCGAGCUCAACGCGACGGUAAGAGGAUAUCCUACCGACCCUCGAGCUUUCCUAGCAAAGAGCACUCGCCGCUUCCGCAACCUCCACCUUCGCCUGUCCAUUACGUUGGCCCACGAACUUGUCCACAUUUUCGUUCUCUUCCUCGUGCGCAUCGGAAGCGAACACACUCCACCCCAGGUCAGCUUCGGUCCGUUCGGAACCAGGACGGUGGGCGAAUCCGGCCGUUCUUGGGAGUCCAAGUUGUUCGGGGGCUACAUCGACAUGCGUCACAACACCGAGGGCGUCGAAGCCAUCGCAUUGUGCGACGAGACGAAGCAAAACUGCUGGCGGAUCAAGACGGUGGUCAUUGACGAUCUCCUGGUCCGCAACUUCAACCGAUGGCUUCAGCCGGGAGUCCCGCUCAGCGACAAGGAGGAAUAUCCCCAGGGCCAGGCGACAGAACGGUUGACGGGCCUUCAAUGGAAGGUAAAAUACGACGACGUUUUCCCGCCGCUGCCACCGACUGCUCAAGGCGCCCAGAAACCUGGCCAGGAGGCUCAGGAGCUCAGCCCGGCCCAGAUUGCGGAGCUCACUGCGGGUAAGAUCAUGGACAUGCCCCAGUAA